UUCGCCGUGUCGGUUGUAAAACGCUUUCGUAACGUCGGGACGUUAGCUCGCCAAAGGUCUGCGGCUCUGGCACUGUGUCUGCUUCGGCAUUGGCUUUAGAUUCGUUCGCCUGCCUCUCACUGCACAAAUAAUAAUAAUAAAUAUAUGAUAAUACACAAAAUAUACAGCGUAAUCGACGUACGCACAUGUGAAACAACUGCUCUGGCUUCGCCCAAGUCGCUCGUUAUGCAAAUCGAGCACGCAGAAGGUGAAGGCGUUCAAAUUCGAAUUCAAAUUCAAAUUCAAAUUCAAACUGAGAUUCAGAUUCGGUUCGGGCGCGUAUCGCGGGCGUGUCGCCAACUGGUCGCCAGCAGCAGCGGCAACAGUUGCAGUUGCAGUUGCAGUUGCAGCAGUAGCUCGUUGCACUGGCCUAAUGUGACGGCACAAAUUUGGCCAGACUGCAACGCGUAUUAGCCAGGGCCAACCAGUUGAGAACCAAAAUCGAAUGCAAUUAAAGCUUAUGACACUACCAACAACAACAACAACAACAACAGCUGUGUGACACACAAAAUAAGAAAAAAGUAGCUGAAAGAUCGCUGCAACUGGCGUGUUGUGUUGUGUUGUGUGGAAAAAAACAGCUCGGCGCCACAUAGCGAGCCAAAAAGCAAAAGAAUACAGCAAGACAACAGCAGCAGCAACAACAACGCCAAAUAAAAAAAAAUAUAGCAACAAUUUAUACGCCGUAUCGAAAAGUGUUAAAAUUCAAAAUAAACUUCACAACUAAGUGUGCCAAUAACAACAACAACAACAGCAGCAGCAACUGUGCUAGUUGCUCACAGCGAGUAGAAUACGAUUUGUCUAACAUUCUAGCAGCUCCACAGCUAUAUACCAGAUAAACAGACGGGCAGCCGAGCAGUCGAGCAGUCGGUUUCUCGGGCAACAGCAACAGCAGCAGCUACAACAAAAUAAAUGACAAAUUAACACAGUGCCACGAAAAUAAUCAAAAGCGAUAAUUAUGUUGAAUAUUUGUAGUUAAUUUGCAAAGUCAGCGAAAAAAUACGGAAAACACAGAGAAAAAAUAAAAACAAUAUAAAAAACAACAACAACAAUAAGAACGAAACCCAAACACCGCACAGCAACCGCAACGGCUAAAAGCCAAACAAUGAUUAUAUCUAGCCAGCCAGCGAACCUCUCCGGGACAUCGUCGGCCCACAUGAGCGAAGAAGGCGUUGAGAGCGACUGCAGUUGUGUGGGUGUGGCCGUCGCUGUUGGCGAAAGCGCGGCGACGACGACGGCGGGGGCGGGGACGGGGGCAGGCGUUGGUCUAAUGAUGGGCAGGGCGGCCAGACAAAUGCAAACGCAUGCCAUGGAGGCAGAAAAACCACCAACGCCACCACCGCCGCCUACACCAGCCACAGCAACAACAACAACAACAACAACAGCAGCCAAAACAACAACACACAGAGCUUCAUUAACGCGUCCGGCCUCCGAGUCCGAGCUGCUAGUGGGCACUGGCACAUCGGGCACCAGCUCCUCCGGUGGCGGUCGUCCUGGUCAUCGCAAGUCCUCCCUGGCACUGGCACUGACGCCCGAGGAUGACUCAAUGGACGUGUAUCAGCGAAAUCUCAUGGACUUGAAAUAUCCAACCGUGCUACCACCGAAUCCUCAACUUAAGGCGCUUUUAGUUUUUCACAAAUCGGAUAGCAUCUGCGAGGUGGUCACCUUGGCCUGCCAGCGCCAUCAGCUGGACGUAACGCUGGUUAAGUCCAAGGAGGAGGCGCUCGAGACCCUGCACAAGUCAUAUGCCACAGCGCAAUGCUAUCACCUAAUUAUAAUUGAUGCGCGCUCCACGAAAGGUCUCGAUGCCGAGCACAUUGCAAGAACAAUACGUCACACACACGGACAUCAUCUAACGACAAUAAUUGCCGUCUGCAAAAAGAGUUUCUUUGAGAAGGAUGAUGCGCUAAUUGCUCUAUUGGACGCUGGCGUUAAUAGAUGCAUAGCUGAGACGACCAAUCUGACCCUGUGCAGCGUGGAACUGAAGCAGAUACUGCACUCGAUCAUACGGCCACAUAAUGUGAUGUCCACUCAACAGGCACUCUACACGGCACUGCACCGGCUGAAGGAGGUGGUGCUCAUCACGGACGACGUGCUGCGCAUACAAUAUGCGAACCGGGCCACAGAGCGACUGCUCAACAUGCGGCUGGAUGAAAUAAUUAGCAAGCCAUUAGGCGACAUCUUUGUCUCCGACCUGUCCACCAUCAGCGAGCAGGGCAAGAGCAUCAAGGAGUUUGAUGGCAUUCUAAUGGUGCGCCGCAAGAAUCAGGAGAGCAUUCCCAUGCACGUGCGUGUCGUGCCCGUGGCCUGCAUUGGCAGUGCACCCACGCAUCUGAUUUUCAACUUCGAUAUACCCGGCGGCGGUAUGGACUUCAUUGCUACGCUGCCGCAGCCGAAGGAGGCGCCACGGGGCUCUCUGCACUCGGUGCGUCGCUGCAGCUUCGAUGUGCGCUCCAUCGCGUCCGACGGACUGCGUCGCACCAGCCUGGCCAAGCUGACGUCGCUGCCACUGGAGGCGCCCAUCACCAAAAUAAUCAAUUUACUAUCACAAGUACAGGAGAAUUGUUCGGCCGACGAGGCACGCCUCAUAGACAAAGUCUUGGACUUCCUCAAGCGCGAGGGACUCUACAGUCCCCAAAUGAAAGAGAUACGCACAGAUGAUCCCAUAGCCACCGAUCUCAUUGGUGCCCUCCUGACGGGUCCCAGUGUCUACUCGUCGCGUCGCAGCUCAAACGACUCCAUCAUUCGCACCGGCAACUCGACGCGCACAGCCACCAUAGUACCCGCCAAGAUGAAGGCCAAUCCCAUUAUCAUGGAACUACUUGAAGAAUCUCUUAAAUGGGACUUUGAUAUUUUCAAACUGGAAGAGAUCACCGACUACCAUCCGCUGCUGUACUUGGGCAUGGAGAUGUUCCGACGCUUCGAUGUCUUCGCCACGCUGAACAUCGAUGAGAACGUUUGCAAGGCUUGGCUGGCCGUCAUCGAGGCACACUACCACAAGAGCAACACAUAUCACAACAGUACACACGCCGCGGACGUCAUGCAGGCAACUGGCGCAUUCAUUACACAGCUGGCCAGCAAGGAUAUGGUCAUGGAUCGCAUGGACGAGGCAACGGCUUUGAUUGCAGCAGCAGCUCAUGACGUCGACCAUCCGGGUCGCUCCUCCGCCUUUCUCUGCAACUCGAACAAUCCACUGGCCAUAUUGUAUAAUGAUCUGACGGUGCUGGAGUCCCACCAUGCUGCCAUCACCUUCAAGCUGACCCUGGGUGAUGACAAGAUCAACAUAUUCAAAAACUUGGACAAGGAGACGUACAAAUCGGCGCGCAGCACCAUCAUCGAUAUGAUUCUGGCCACGGAGAUGACGCGUCACUUUGAGCACUUGGCCAAGUUUGUGAGUGUCUUUGGCAAUGAGAUGGAGCCGCGCGAGCUGGUGCAAUCGGAGGAGGAGACAUCCAUUCUCAUGCGCCGCAUGCUCAUCAAGGUGGCCGAUGUGAGCAAUCCAGCCCGUCCCAUGCAGUACUGCAUCGAGUGGGCGCGCCGCAUUGCCGAGGAGUACUUCAUGCAGACGGACGAGGAGAAGCAGCGGCACAUGCCCAUCGUGAUGCCCAUGUUCGAUCGCGCCACCUGCAGCAUACCAAAGAGCCAGAUUGGUUUUAUCGAAUAUAUUAUACAGGAUAUGAUGCAUGCCUGGGACGGCUUUAUUGAUAUGCCUGAGCUGAUCACGUGCAUGCAGAUCAACUACUCACAGUGGAAGAAGUAUGACGAGCAGGGCGUGAAUACGCUAGCCGAUAUUAUGGCCAAGCAGCCGCCUGUGGGCAACAAGUCGUCGAGCUCUAAAUAGCAUACGGCUUUCCGGAGAUUAUUCUCGGGUCUACUGAAGCCGCUGCCGGCCCAGGCGCCUGGCACAUCCACAAUUGGCGAGAACGAAAUGGAGGAUAUGCUCUAGUGCAGGCGCAGCCGGACCCAGAGCCGCGGCUUACGUCGCUGUCUCUCGGCAUAGGUCUCGUUCUACUUGUUGUUGCUGCUGCACACAUAUCUCGACUAAAUAACGCUUCCAAAACUGUGCUCUGUGUGUGUGUGUGUGUGAGUGUGUGUGAGGCAAGAAUCUUAAUUCGCAUUGACAGUUGGUUGCCAAGAAUAGGCGCACACACACACCUGCACACACACACUACACACGCACACGAAAACUGUCGCAAAUGUUUGAAGAGCAAAACUAAACAAAACAAAGAAAAAACAAAAAUACAAAAACAAAAACAAAUUAUUGGG